AUGUCUUACCGCGACAACGACGACAACUCCUACGGAGGCAACACCGACAGCUACGGCUCGUCUGGUAACAACACCUCCAGCUACGGCUCCGGAAACAACUCUAGCCGUCGCAACAAUGACGACGACGACAGCUUCGGCUCCUCCAACAAGAGCUCCAGCUACGGCUCCGGCAACAACAACCCGUCCAGCUAUGGCUCUGGCAACAACAACUCGUCCAGCCGCCGCAACAACGACGAUGACGACAGCUAUGGCUCGUCUGGCAACAACACCUCCAGCUAUGGCUCGUCCGGCAACAACAACUCGAGCUCCUACGGUUCCUCCGGCCGCACUGGCGGCUCCGACUCCUACGGCUCCUACGGCUCGUCCGGCAACAACAACAGCUCUAGCUAUGGCUCCUCCGGUAACACCUCGGGCCGUCGCAACAACGAUGACGACGAUAGCUUUGGCUCCUCGGGCAACAACACCUCCAGCUAUGGCUCCUCGGGCAACAACACUUCCAGCUACGGCUCGUCCGGCAACAACAACAGCUCGUCUGGCCGUCGCGGCAACAACGACGAUGACGACAGCUACGGCUCCGGCAACAAGAGCAGCUCCUACGGCUCCUCUGGUAACAACAACUCGAGCUCCUACGGCUCCUCGGGCCGCACUGGUGGCUCCGACUCGUAUGGCUCCUCUGGCCGCACCGGUGGUUCCGACUCGUACAGCUCCUCCAACCGUAACGACGACUACUAA